AUGAUAAUCGGUGCAGAGUACUAUCUCGAUCUGUUAGUGGACGGAAAAAGGAAACUCUGCGAACAAGGACCUACGCUACAAAAUACUGUUUUCGGAUGGAUCGUUUCCGGUCGACUUACCGAUUCGACAUCUGCUUUGUCAACAGCAGCUGUAUAUCUGUGUUCGACUACAGCUCUCCAGGACCAAGUGACCAAAUUUUGGGAAUUGGAAUCCUGUCAAGUGAAAAGUACAUAUUCGAUCGAAGAAACACGGUGUGAGGAAAUCUUUGAACAAACGACUACAAGAGACGAUACAGGGCGUUUCGUAGUGACCCUGCCGAAAAAAGAUUAUGUCAUCCAAAAGCUGGGUGACUCUAAAGCUUCAGCACUUCGACGCUUCAUAAGUUUAGAGAGGCGGUUCGCAACGAAUCCUGAAAUGAAGACCUUGUACUGUGAGUUUAUUCGGGAGUACCAGUACAUGGGUCACAUGCGAAAGGUUGACGAUCAAGCCGUGGCACCCGGACCAGUUUAUUAUCUGCCACACCAUGCCGUAUAA